GAUGGAUUGAUGACCAACACCAGUAAGGCCUUCCCCUCACACACCACUUGCCCAGCAUGACGGCAUCUCCCACGUCGACCAAGGUGGGCCAGAACGAGGGCGGUGCAAAGGCGGACGCAAGAACGAGCAAGGGCAACGAUGCCAAGCAGAUCAAGAGGAAGAGGGUGCUCAUCGUGGGGGGCGGCUGCUCGGGCAUGUCAGCCGCCUAUUGCAUGUCGCUCAAGCCCGAUCUGUUUGACGUGACACUGUACGACAAGGCCAGCAGCGUGGGAGGCAGCGCCACGUCCUACCAGCUGCCCGCCGACGGCCGCUUUGGCGCCUCGUACAUCAACGACGGCGUGCAGGGCGCGAGCCCCGUCUUUUUCAACACGCUCAAGAUGUUUGAGGCUGUCCUGGGCUUUCGUGCCAGCGAUGUGGGCAUGCAGAUCAGCUUCGGAAAGGGCAAGGAGUCCUUUUGGUCCAACGUCUUUCCCAGCGAACUCGUCGAUGAGUAUCGCAACGACAUAAAAAAGUUCGGACGCACGCUUCAAACAAUCAAGCGUUUCGAGCCGAUUUUUGCCCUCAUUCCCGUCGACAAGAUGCUUGCCAUGUUUCGCUUCUCGCCCUCAUUUGGCGAGCGAAUGGUCUAUCCCCUGGUGGCCCUCUUCUUUGGGACGGGAAAUGAGACCCGGCACAUCUCGUCUGCCAUUCUGGAGAGAGUGUUUCUAGAUCCCAGUAUGCGCCUCUUUGAGUUCAGCGAAGAGAGCCUCCUUGCCAGCGUACCCCACAUGAAGGCUUUUCCCGAAUUGGCGCGCGUCUACGGCGCAUGGAGGGAAAAGGCGCAGGAACAAGGCAAUGUACGCAUCGAGACGGCCCGUCAAGUAUGCAGCGUAGAGCGAGGUUCCUCGCGGGCGAGAAGUGCUGGCGCCAACAUUCUCGCUACCAGCAAACCGGCCAAAGAAGACCAGGCAGCAUUGGAAGCUCAUGAGCCAGAAGAACGAGAGGAAGCCUUUGACGAAAUCAUCUUUGCAUGCGAUGCCGACAGUGCUCUCAAGAUCCUCAAGGCUGGAUCGGGACCGACGUGGAAAGAGUCGAAGAUUUUGGGAAAUGUCUUGUACAAGUGGGAUGUGACGGUGACGCACAACGAUUGGGACUAUAUGUGCAAGCACUAUCAAAUGACGUACGACGAGGAAUAUAACGCCAAGCGGGAUGAUGAAGACUCGAAGAAGGCCUUCCAAUUCGCAAAAGACAACUGGCGACCGCUGUACCUCAUCAAGAUGUAUGAGGACGAGCCGAGCAUGAUCGAGAUGAGCUUUGACCUGAGUCACUACCAGGGACAGUUCGAGGGCAUGCCAGCCGUAGGCAGAGGGGCCGACGUGACCCUCGAGCAGGCCCCUCCGACGGAGAGGGAGGGUGUGGGUGCGCAGGGGCCUCAAGAGGUUCCUGUUGAGGGACAGAGUGAAGAACAACUCCCCAAGGAGAGACACGUUUACCAGACCAUCUACCUCGAUCGCGAAAGGCGGGAGAAAUGGACAAAGGACGAGGUGCGCCAGGACAAAAUCAUUCUCGAAAAGUGGUGGAAGCAGCAGAGCCAUCGUUGGCAGCAUUACGGCGGUACUGUGCCGUGGAUGUGGACGAUUAAUGGAAAGAACAACACGAGCUUCGCAGGCGCUUGGUCGCUGGUUAACAUGCAUGAGGUGGGGAUCGCCAGCGGCUUUGCUGCCGCCUACCAACUCGGAGCGCCUUACCCUUUCAAGGGUGACGAAGAUUGCACUCGCCUGUUUCGUCUCUACCUUCUCCUGGCUCAUAUGGCUCGCAUGCGUUCUGAGGAUCGCAAGGGCUUCUUUGCCUAGGUGUCUUCUCUGCCAUUUGAUGUUGUAGUAGUACCCUAGAACGCGGCGUCAUAUCAUUGCAAGUGCAAAGUGC